AGGUUCAUCAUUAAUUGUCCCUCCGAAGAUGAUUCUAACCAAGAGCUCAUGCUCUUGAUGUUUGAAGUUGAAAAGGCGCACUGGUACUAUGUGGAUUUUUGGAGGAAACAACAUCCACAUCUUCCUGCUUACAGUUUGAAAGAGUUUGGUGGGCAUCUCUUUCGCCACUCUAUGCUCCUUCAAGCAUUCAGUCCAAAUUAUGAUUCAAUCUACAGCGAAUGGCUUGUUUACAAACGAGCAGUUCCCACGUUUGGAGCAUGUAUUCUAAAUCAAGACUGUACAAAAAUUCUUCUGGUGAGAGGUUGGAAUUCCAAGACAUGGGGUUGGCCCAAGGGCAAGGUAAACAAAAGUGAACAAGAUGCGAUUUGUGCUGCUCGGGAAGUAAUGGAGGAGAUCGGUUUUGAUAUUCUGCCCUUCAUCAACGAGAAAGACACUAUACAUGCUAGCUUGCGAGAGCACCACAUGAAGCUAUAUGUGAUUUCUGGGAUUUCAGAAUCAACUGUCUUUGAAACAAGGACUAGGCAAGAGAUUUCCGAGAUUGCAUGGCAUCCCCUUAACGAGAUUGGGCAAGAUCGGGACUCAAACAAAUGCAAAUAUUACAGUGUCGCUCCCGUCCUUGCACAGCUCAGAUCAUGGAUUGCCCAGCAGAAACGAUCUCUGUCACGCAGCAAGACACCAGUG